ACGAAGCCCAAGUACCCUUCGGUCAAGCCUGCCCCUGCUAGCCCGGCGGUUCUCAUGAUCAAGUCGCUUCUGGUAGUCGUGGCUCUGGCGAUUCUAGUUCCUCAGAUCCUGCUGGUCACUCUGGUUGUGCUACUCGUAGUUCAGGGCAAUCUGCUCCUCAUUUUUCUUGCUCUUCUGCUUCCGGGGCCCAUACUGCACCUACUAGUGGUUGUCGGUCUCGUCCCGCGCACAACUUCGGGGCGAUCCACCAGCUGGUGUCAAGGCAGGUUGCGGUGAACUCGCAGUCCAGCGGUAGUCCACCCCUUUCUCGCCGAUCGGACACGCCUUCCACUGUCACCAGUCCCACGAGGCCUGUGAGCCCCUCAGUCAGUUCU